CAGCCACAAGGACCCCACAUGUGCUGAGCACUGAAGGAAUUGCAGCCAGGCAGAGAGCUCAGAUGUGCAGGGAGCUGCCCUUCGUUGGGCACCAGCCUCCAGGGCAGAGAGGAGAGACCUCCCCACUGCCAACACCUAAAGGAUUCUGUGAUUUUAUGAUCCUAUGAUUUUAGAGGGAAAUUGUGGCACUGCAUACAUGCUCAGGACCUGAUCCUGCUGAAAAGGGAACAUACAAUGCCCCAGGCUCUUGGUAGUACCCUAAAGCACUGAGGAUUCGCUGCCUGUGCAGAGCCUGCUGGAGAAGGGCACAGAGAGGGAUUAGAUUUACCUGCAGCUUGGCACACUCCGUAUCAGCUUACGCUGGUUUUCUAUCACAAGGAGUCUUCACGUCAGUGGGUUUGCAAAAUAUCAGCAUCUGCCUGGAGAGAGGCAGGGAAAGGAUUUAGUUCACUACUGCUAAAUGGAAAAACUCUUGGGUGAAAACCCUUUUGUCAUCAGCACCAUCUCCAUUCAUCACCGCGAGCCAUUUGUUUCAGGUCCAGGCAGUAACUCAGCUGUCCAAAGAGAACAGCGAACUCGUGUGGUCCCCAUGUGCUGGGGGCUCUCCACUGGACACUAUGGCAGCGGAGGAAGGGACGUGGCUCAGGAAGCAUCCUCAGUCCUUCACACUCACGUCUGGGAAACACAAGUCCAGUUUUCUUCUGCUGGGUUUCUGCAAUCAGUCAAAUCCAACCAUCUCUGAAUUUUUAUUUCAAAAUUAUGUGGAAAAAUGAUCCCAGCUGGCAACUAAGCUGUUGCUCUCUUGUGAUGUUAGCUGUGCCCCGCUGCUGAGUUUAGCCCUCCCUCCAGGAAAAAGGGAGACACUGAAGCUGCCUCUUGUCACAGUUAGGCAGAGCUGGUCACCUCAUUGCACACUGUGAGCUGGUACAAACCCAGGGACCCAGCCUUGAGAAAACAAGGGACUUUGUGAAGAGCUGCUGGGUUGCAGCGUUUCAAGCUGGGACAUUAAAAAACUAAUCUGGGAAACUAACAUCAGGCCUUCCCCUGUCAGCAGCAAACUCCGCACAAAGGUGUGGGCUGUAGGUGCAGGAGGAGGCUUCCUACAAAAUGGUGGGAUAAGGCAUCGCAGCACCAAAGCGCCCUGUACAAAAGCAUUUCUCCUGCAGGCAGCCUGACUCAGGUUUCCACACAUGGCUGAUCUGGAACACAGGCAAGAAACAAGGGCCUGGACUGUCAUUGCCAUGGCCAAAGGGAACAGAGUCCAAAGGGAAUAACUAAAAAGCCUGUUUGGCUGAGGCAGCACACCAUUACGCCACGCAGGCUGCCUGCAAAUGGCUCAGGAGAUAGCAGCAGAUUAUUUACAGUGGUCAUUAUCUGCAGCUUCCAGCACCUUCUGGCUAUCCAAACUCCUGAAGGAAAUUAAGGAGAUUAAUUCUUUCUUAAAUGAAAGGAUUAAUAACGUUAAUUAAUCAAGGCUAAAGAAGCAAGACUUCAGGCCAGUCUGACUGAAGGCAGCACGCCCAGCAGCGCACACAGCAGCGUGCCGUGGGGCAGCUCCAGCUUGUCUCAGCCUUGAGGGUGCAGUGAGAAACCCACAGCAGCCACAAAACACCCACGGGCUCCUGCAGGGGGCAAGCCCUAAUGCAGCCCUCCUGGGGUCCACGCAGAGAAGGACCAGGUCUUUUGGUUUGGGAUGCAUGCAGCAAUGUGGCAGUCAGCUGGUGCCAUAGGUACAAAGUGCAGCAUUUGCAAACGCAAGUUCUGCCACGCUGGAGGUGAGGAAAGGCAACAGAAGGUAGCAGUUUUCUGCAUUUUGGGGGAAGUGGACAGCAAGGCCAGGUGAGCGCUGAAUGCAGUGUUUGUCGUGUCUGACACAGCUGGGGAAAAGCGAUCAGCAGUACCGCAAAGUGAAACCACAGACUCCAUGGAGGAGAGAAAAAUAAUAAAGGACACACAGUGCUUGGCAAUGAGAAGAAACGUCGCUUGGAGAGAACAGAAGAUCUCUGAAGCAUUCAGUGGGCCAAGGUCAUAAGAAAGCAUUAGGGAGCAGGCAAUGGGCAGCAAGCUAAUAAGGAGCUUGCCCUCUAUGAUCUGGAGGGAAUGGCUGUGCCCCUCCCCAGCAGGUGCAGCGAGUCAGACAGGACCAAGAAGUGAAUAUCAUCAGGAAGAGGUUUAUAAGAUAAAUUCUUGAAAAAUAACUAAAAUAACUUUCUCCUCAGGGCAUUUAAUCAAGCACAAAAACAUUGCCUGGGCACUGCCUCAGAAAUCUUGGUUAGAGCAAUACAUCUUUAGCAAGACCUCAGGAAUCCAGGAGCAGCCGAGAGCAGCCCACUACCACCAGCCUUUGCAGGCACCUCGGACACUAAGGGCUCUGCCACAAGGGUCUCACAGGGACAGCUUUUGCUAGGACACUGUUACUGACAGUAGGAUUUGUGCUAAAGCUUCUCAGAAGACAGGAAGAGGAAAGCCUUGAACUUUUCAGCCCAGCUUAUGAGCUACAUGGAGAAACAGUACUAGGGAAAGAGGAAGGCAAAACAUGUGGACAGACGGGACAUUUCUGCAGAUGUAUAAAUUAAAACAAAUAAAAGCAGAUGGAACGAAGUGCUAACAUCAUUUUCAGCUUCAUAGUAGAGCUGGUUGGAAAGUCACAUUUUCUCCUAACCCUAAUUUUACUUGAAGUUACAGCAAGACAAGGCAUCAUAGGCCAUUACAGAUUUCUCAAGCAGGGACUGAAUCUAGCUGUUCCUUCACAUUUGCUGCUUCAACCCCUGUGACACUUCGUCCUCUGCGAUCUAUUUCUUACCCAUCUCCACUUUAAGAGAAAUCCUGAAGUAGAGAACUCCCUGAGUAGAGAAAUCCCCUGCUUCUCCACCCUCUGUGCACAUUCUGUUCUCCCUCUCCUUGCAUCCGCUCAGGGCUUUGAGCAUGCCUGUAGGAGCGGAGCAGAAGCUCAGCCCCAGGCAUUGCCGCCUGGCAGAAACCAGACCGCAGAGAGAGCACAGGGAGAGAAGCAGCUCUCAGAACAGUAAAAAUAAGGUGUCUCCAUCCUCCUCUCUCCCCUGCUCCCAAAGUGAGGGAGUUGAAGCGUGUCCUUCCCUUCUGUUUCCAGGAGGAACUAACACCUAAGACGUAGCCACUUGAGCGGGGAAGGACAGGAGCAGCCCCUCUCACGGCCACCUGCAGAGGAUCUGGGCUGGGAUCACCCACCUGGAUGAAGUGCAGGUGGAGACGAUUUCCUACAUUUUUUUCUUCCUGUCCCUCUGUACUCAAAUAGAGGGAAGGUAAGGACCUGCUGGAGCUGGAAAAAGUGGAUGCAGGGCCAGGCUUUAAGGAUGGAGGAUCUUGAGAUGUUAUCUCAAGGAAUUUCUCCAAGAGGACUAGCAAAAAGUAAAGUUACAUCAGGUACAGAUAGAAAGCUCCAUUUCUUAGCUGCUGCUCCCCUGAUUUAAGCAGGGGUUGACUAUUUGCUGUGCUUUGCUUGCAGCAGCCAAGCUCCCGGUACUGAAGCUGCUGUGCAGGAUUCUUCCUGGGAGGGAUGGGAAACCCCUGGCGGCUUUUUGGGGAAGCAAGAUGCAAGCGCAGGCUGGGCAGCAUGUUCAAAGGGGACAUGCAAGCUGCUAGGAUGCAGGAGGAUGUCCUCGCAAGGAGGAGAUGGUGACAGCUUCCUGCUUCCGGGCGGUUAUAGGAAACUGGCCUCCCAGGAUUGCUUUUCCCACCAGUCCCCUCCCUCUGGCACUCAGCCCUCGCUCGAUUUCCACGCCUACUUUUUUCAGAUGCCAUGGCAGAGCUGCACGCAGUGAGCGAUCUGCAGGAAGAGUUGACCUGCCCUAUCUGCCUGGGCAUUUAUAGGAGCCCUGUGUCCCUCGCCUGCGGCCACAGCUUCUGCAAGGAGUGCAUCCAGGAGGCACUUCGGUGUUGCCCACACAGCCUCUUCAGCUGCCCGCUGUGCAACACCCAGGCAGUUCCCCCUGCGGAGCUGCAGCCCAACAUCCAGCUCUGCAACGUAGUACAGAAGUUUUUGGAUACCUGUGGGCAAGACAGCACUCACGGAGAGGAAGAAAAGCAUCAAGUGCAAUGUGAAGAGAUGGAAGAAAGUUCAGGCCAGCAAAACGAGGAGGUCGUGUGUGAUUUCUGCCUUGAGAAGCCCCUGCCAGCGGUGAAGACCUGCCUGAGCUGCGAGACGUCCCUGUGCCAAGCCCACCUGGACAAGCACAGCACAAAGGCUUCCCUGAAAGACCAUGUCCUGGUGGAGCCCUGUGAUGUCCAUGUUUUGGCAGAGAGGAGAUGCCCCCGGCAUGGCAAACUGCUGGAGUGCUACUGCGUGACAGACUCGGUCUGCAUCUGCGUACUGUGCUGUGUCACCAGCUCCCACAAUAGCCACAAGAUCAUCAGUGUGGAAGAGGCUUUUGACCAAGUGCAGAAUGAUUUUCCUAAAACUCUGCAAUCAGUGAAAAAAUAUGAAGCUGAAGUGAAUAGAAGCUUAGAAAAUCUGCUGAAACAAAAGAAGGACGUAAAGGCUGCGGAGAGUUUGCAAAGGAAUCGGCUAGAGAAUCUCUUUGAUGAGAUGUAUAAGCAGCUGGGUAGCAGAAAAGGAGAGCUCCUGGAAAUCCUCAGUCACAGUGAGGAGCAACAGCUUUCUCAAAUUCAGGCACAGAUACAAACAUACAAAGAGAGGAAGGAUGAAACCAGCCAUGAUCUACAGGAGCUGGAGGCUCUGAGAGAUCAGAAAGACCCACUACUUUUCACUAAGGGUUUGACAGAGAUACAAGCCAGGAUAAGGAAGCUGGUUCCUGAAAAAGCUGCUGUAAAACUGCCAAAGCCACCCAUUAUUUUAGGUGAAACAACAAAAGAGGCUAUUCUAACACUUUUCCAGCAAUUCAUCUUGAAGGUAGACUUCUCAAGUGAAUCAUUACCUGUUCAUGAACAUCUGACUUUUGCACCAUCUCACACGGGUAUAUUCAGUAUAGGUGACUAUGAACUCACUGCAAACCCCUUGAUGUGGCAACAACCGUCAAUGCACGGAGUGAGAGAUCUCCUGCCUGUGUACAGCACCCAGAGCUUCUCGGAGGGCUGGCACUUCUGGGAGGUGGACACCAGCCGCACAAGGCACUGGAAGCUGGGGAUCACUCAUCAGUGUUUUCACUGCUACCUGCAAAUGGAUGGCAGUAAUUUCAGAGUGUUCCUAGAUAAAACAAAGAUCACAGAAAAGGCUACUACUACAGCUAUCAGCACGGUCAGGGUACAGCUGGACUGCAGAAGAAAUAGAGUGUCAUUUUAUAACAUCAGUGAUACAGUCCUUGCUAAGAGAUGUCAGCUCAUACAGACAGUAAACAUCCCUGCGAGCUACCCUGUCCGUGCUGGCUUCAACAUUUCUAGCGGCUGCCUGAGACUCCUCUAGAGAUGUUGGGGCAGGUCUGUCUUGCCUUUUAAGCUUCGUUUCUCUGCUUAUCAGGGCUGCUGCUGUAUGGACUCUGCUACCUUGGCAAAACAGAAAUUGGGCUUUGGGCUGGGCCUGUGAGUGGGCAGCCUGUCCCCAAGUUAUAAUCAGGUUCUGGUCUUCAGCAGCAAUGGGCUGAAUCGAGAGAGAGAAUGAGAAAAUGAGACCCUACCUCUACAUGUUUCUGCUCAGAUUUUCAGCACACUGUGGCUUGCUGCAGGAACUCCUAUCUUACUUCUUACUUCUGAUAAUCAUGAUGAAAAUACUGUGAAGCUCUACUUUAGUUCAACUGCAUAGAUUGCUGUGGUGGAUGGAUGUUAUUAAAGUAAUACAGUUUGCAAAAC